CUACCUUGGCGUUACAAGCGCCGUGCUCUACCAGCUGAGCUACAGAGGACCGCAUAUAGCAAAUAUUACGGUAUCGGUGAGGAUGCACUGGCCACCGUGGAGAGCGUGGACCGUGUUGUCACGGUUGAGGAGGAUAAUGAGCCCACCCUGGACCAGGAGGACCCAGUCCUUGUUCAGUAUGUGGUUGAGGAGGUUGGGCACCGGCCCUGUCUGGCUUUAAUCCCUUGGUCUGGACCUCUGUGGGUUCCCAGCUCUCCAACAUAUUACCUUACCCAUGCUGGGAGGAUGCUGGUGAGAGAGCUGGCAGUGUUAAACACGCAGAUAUUCACAGUGGAGCAGCCCAUUUUCAUCUGUUUCACUCCUGCUAGGAGGAUGGUAUGGAAUGAACUGUCCUCUCAAAAUGAACAGUAUGUGGAUGAGGAGGUUGGGCACCGGUCCUGUCUGGCUUUAAUCCCUUGGUCUGGACCCUUGUGUGUUCCUAUCUUUCCUGUCUUCUCCAAGGCCAAACCAGUCUACUACCUCACUCGUGCUGGGAGAAUGCUGGUAACAGAGCUUGCAGUGUUAAACACACAGACUUCCAAAUUGGUUAUUGAGGAGCCUACCAUUCACCUCACUGAAGCUGGGAGGCUAGUGCUUGACGAACUGUCAGCACCUUCAGAUAGCCAUUCACAGCCAAAUAGGGAAGACUCUGGUUUUCCCUAUGAGAAGUUGCAGCUGGUUGGGAACUGGGGUUCGUUUCAUUUCCAUUACUGGAAUAUCCAUUAUGGACGAGUGCAGCAAAAUGAAGAGGACAUGCAUCACCUGUGCAUUGUGAGGGGAGUGGAGAAGCAGCUGUGGUGGAGCAGAGUCAUCCAGGAAAAAAUCCUGGACCCAUGGGGUCUCGUCCAGGUGGUCCUCACCAACAAGAAGCUGAUUGGUAUUAAGUUCCUUGGUAGAAGGAUCCAUGGACUCAUGUCCUGCCUUGUCAAGAGGAGGUCUGAGUUCACCUAUUAUGAGGAUGCCCAGCAGGUGGAUAUCUCCACCACAGUGGAGGGGUACCAGGAGAGGGGGGGAUGA